CGAGCCCCCCCCCCCCCCCCCCUUCCCCUUCCUUCCCUUAACCUCCGCCGCUGCCGCCGCCGGGCCGAGGCCCCACUGAAGCGGGCCGCAAGCGGCUCCGCCCCCACCGUGUCCUUAAAGGGCCCGCGGCUGCUGCGCGCGGCUCCGCCAGUGCCCGCCUGGCGCCGAUGGCGCCGCUCUCGGCGGCGUCGUCCCUGCUUCCCUUCUGGCCGCCUGCCGCUUCCUCCCUCCGUUCCCUUUCGCUUCCGGGGUCAGUGCUGCCGCGGCCGCUGCUCGGUAACAAGCCCCGUCCCGGGGUCUGGCCGGGAAAGCCGGCAGCCGCGCGCAGCGCAGGCUGCGCCGUCCCGCUGCCUUUAUGGCCAGCAACCCCCCGCAGCAGCCACCGCCGCCACCCCCGCCGCCGCCCCCUCAGCAGCCUCCGCCGCUGCCGGGUGCUGGGGCCGCCGUGGGGGGCGGUGCGGCCGAGCCCGAGCUAGUCUCCAUGAUCGUCAACCACCUCAAGAGACAGGGGCUUUUCGACCAGUUUCGCCGCGACUGCCUGGCCGACGUGGACACCAAGCCCGCCUACCAGAAUCUGAGACAACGCGUUGACAACUUUGUUUCCAAUCAUUUGGCCACUCAUACUUGGAGUCCCCAUCUCAACAAGAACCAGCUGAGAAAUAACAUUAGGCAGCAGGUUCUCAAGUCUGGGAUGUUGGAGUCUGGAAUUGACAGAAUAAUUUCUCAGGUUGUGGACCCAAAGAUCAACCACACAUUUCGACCUCAGGUGGAAAAAGCUGUCCAUGAAUUUUUAGCCACAUUGAAUCACAAAGAGGAGGCAGGCCCCAGUACAGCUCCAAGUGAGGAGAAAGCAGAUGUUUCUAUUACAGUACAAGGUGUCUCUGCUACAACUUCUAGUGGGAACGUAGCUAAUGAUGCAAUGUCAAUUUUGGAAACAAUAACUUCUCUUAACCAAGAAGCACAUGCUGCCAGGGCUUCGUCAGAGAACUUAAAUCCCAAGAACAAUGACAGAGUUGCAAGAAGACUCUCAUCACAGCAGAGCGUGGAUGGUAGCGGUGAUAGAGAGAAAAAUGCAGAGGACUUGUCAGACAGAGAGAAAGCAAUGUGUGAUCCUUCCGGAGAAGGGACUGAAACAUUUGCAAGGUGUGAAGAUUUAAGUGAACUUUCCUACCACAGUGAAGAAAUAAGACAUUCAACAAAGGAUGCUAAUAAUUUGUCUUUCACAAGUAAAGAAAAUCAACAUGAAAGUGAAGAUCAAAAGAGUAAAUUGUUAUUAGAUAAAUGGGACAAGAAAACAGACAGUGGAGAAAGAAGAAAAGAAAAGAAGGAAAAACUUGACAGGAGGUCUGACCAUUCAAAGAAAAGCGAUGAUGCUGCAAAGUCAAAAGAAGAAAAGCAGUCAAGAGAGUUGGAACCCCUGAAACAGUUAGCUCCAGAGAAAAAUAACAAUAGACAUAAAACAACUGAAAACACUAAAGAAGAAAAUACAUCAAUAGAUUCAGAUAUGGAUGCACUCAGUGAUAUCACUGUCAGCUCUGUCCAUACCAGUGACCUUUCUUCCUUUGAAGAGGAGAGUGAAGAGGAGACUGUAAUUUCUGACAGUACUGAAGAGGGGGAGAUCACAUCAGAUGAUGAGGAGGAGAAAAACAGUCACAUUAAGACAAAGCCUCAUGUUAAUGAGCUGAGUGAUGGAAAGGCCAAGCCCAUUCGUCAUGCCUAUGUUCGCAAGCCUUUCCUGUACUCCAAAUACUUCAGUGAUUCUGAUGAUGAACGAACUGUAGAGCAGCGCCGUCAGUCUAUUGCCAAAGAAAAAGAAGAGAGACUCCUAAGAAGACAGAUUAACAGAGAGAGACUUGAAGAAAAACGUAAACAGAAGGCUGCAGAAAAAACAAAAUCCCUGAAAAACGGAAGUCAGAAUGCUAAAGGAAAGAGUGGCUUGAACUUAGAAGAACCUUCAUCGAGAAGCCUUGAGUCAAAAGCUGCUGGCACCAGCAUUAAGGAUGUGCUUAAAGAACAGAAAUUUUUAGAAAAAAAAGUAGCCUUGAGCAGAAAAAGAAAAAGAGAUUAUUCAAGGCAUACUGAAGACAGCUGCAAAAAGAAAUAUGAGCCUUCUGAAGAAAAUUCUAAAGAAAUGCAAAAGACAAAUGAGACUGGUGAGAAAAAUUCUUCCAAAGAAAUGAAGCACAAUCAUGGGAAAAGUGAAUCCUCCAAACAGCUUAGAAGAUUUUCAGAGUCGGUGCAUUCAACAGAGGAAAGCAAAAGCGAUUUAAAGGCAGAAAAAGAACAUAAAAGAAAAACCUCCACCUCCCUUCAGGGUGAAGUAGCACAGCACGACAGUGAAACAAGGGAUCCAAAAAGGCAGCCGGAUAGAGCAGAAGUCAAUAGUGAUGAACUACCAAAGCAGAAAUCUAUAUUUAGAAGUGAAAAACACCCCAAGAAAGAUAAUGAUGCAGAAAUUCAGCAUGUGAGAAGUGCUGCCAAAAAAGAAUCCAAGUCUUACAGAGACAAAAACGAAAAGGAAAGAACUGCUUCAGAAGAUAAAGUUUCUUUAAAGCACAAAUAUAAAGGUGACAUUAUUCACAAAUCAACUGAAGAUGCUGACAUCCAUUUGUUUGAGAGAAGUUUGAAAGGAGAGGAUGGUGGUCAGAAACAUAAUCAACAAAUAAAGGUUUCAGAUGAUAAAUCUGAAAGAAAAAGUAAACACCGAAGUGAACGGAAAGUAUCAGUGACAGGAAAAGAUGGGAAAAAUAUUUCUGAGUCCACCCUAAAAGCUGAGGAGUUGUUGCAUAAGGAAGCAAAAAAAGACAGACACCUCUCAACAGAAAAAUCGAGAGCAGAAUACAAGUCCAAAAGAUCCCUGAGUGAUUCUAGGCCACAAAAAGAUUCCCUAAGUGCCUCAAAGCAGCUUGCUUCUGCGUCACACAAAAGAAGUGAAAGCUACUCAGAAGAUAAACAUGAAAUAGAGCCAGCUAACUCUGAUAGUAAUUUCAAACAAGAAGAUGGUGUUCAUAAAGAUAGACGAAGAUCUAAGAGCCUUAUAGAAGACAAGAUUUUGUUGAAGUCUAAGUCAAGGAGUCACAGUAAACAAUUCAAAGCAUCUGAAACAGAAUCACAGGAAAAUUUAACAAAACAAGAGACUGGUCAGAAACUAGAAAAAGAUAAGAGUGCAGAGGAGAAUGACUCAGAUAAGCAACACAAAUCCAAGAAUGAAGACAAAGUUUUUGAGGAAAGUAGUGCUGAGUUUGAAAUUGUAAGUGGCACACAGUCAACUCAGGGAUCACAAAAAGACUUUAGUCACAAAGUAAAGUUACAUUCUGGUGAGAAAGGAUCUGUAAAAGAGAAAUACAGAGGAGAUAAAGAUUCAAGUAAUUCCAAACUAGAAAGAAGGUUCUCUGCUGAAGGACACAAAAAUAGAAACCUAAAGCACAGCAACAAGGAAAUCAAGAAGAAGGAAGAGCAUCUCAGAUCAGAAAAUAAAAGUGUUAAAGAAAUUGACAGUGGGCAUGAAAAGGUGUUGAGCAUCCCAGUGGCAGUGAGUAAAAGACAAAGUAAGAAGAUACCAUGUGAAAACAGGAAAGGCAGUAUGUCAAACCAGAGUUUACUUGGAGAGGAUAAGAAAUCAGCUAGCAGUGCUGAAAGCAGCCAUGCUCCAGCCCCUCACAGAUCAAGUAUGAAUAAUGACUUGCAUUCUGGUCACGAGGAAGAGCUGAUGGAGCGUGAUUUGAAACGAACAAAAGUACAGGUAGCACCUAACACUGAAGGAAAAAACAUUCAAAACUCAGUCCAAGCCACAGAUGCCAGGUUUACAGCAAGUUCAAAUAAGAAACUAAAACACAGCUUGGCAGAUCUGGAAGGCUGUGAAUCACAGUUUCCACCAACAGCUAAAAAAACUGUUAAACAAGGAGAUAUCUCUUACAAACAAGUUGGUGCCUUAAACACUUUGUCCAAGCAAGCUUCCAUGGAUCAAGGAUCCAGUAAACAAGGGGCUUACAAAACAAACGUUUUACAUGAAACAAAUGAUAGACUCUUACUGAAUGUUCCCAGUAAGAAUCAAGCUUCAGAAAAUAGCAGAAGACCAAAGAACUUAAAAACUGUGACAUAUCCUAAUUCAGAUGAUGUUCCUUCAGCAAAUAAUUCUUCCAGAGAAGAUGCUGCUAAUGCAAAGUCCAUGGAUAUGGAUAUCUCAGAUUUUACAGAUUCUUUUGAUAGCAUGUCUAAAGAAUACCAUAAUUCAGAUAGAACUUCUUCAUUGGAAGAUACUUCCAUUUUGAAGAAUGAUGCAGCACAGGUUGUACACAUGGGACAGCAGGAUAGUGUGGUGCUGAAUUCUGUCACAAAAGAUGAUGGUGACAGCACCCCUCCGACAAAGAGUAUAGAAAAAGAUAACGAGGUGCCCCGAUCUGAUGAACAAGCAGUAGAAAACAGUGCAGUUUGGUUACAUAGUCAAGAAGAUUACAGUGAAGCAGAAAAGUCAAAAAGCACUCAGGGAAGGGAUUUGAAAAUAAAAGAGGAAGACUUGAUGACUGACAUUACUGAAGGUUGUGGAGAUGUAACAACAAAAGAGCUGGGAAAAAAAGGAUGUUUGAAUACAGAUCCCUCCACAAAGGAAGAGAAGAGCACAAUGGUGGAUAAUAUGGAAAAGAGUGAAGGGCAUGAUAUUGAUGAUAUGAUACAGUCUUCUUCUGUCUUAAUGCCUGAAAGAGUUCCUGAGGAAACAGUUGAAGGCUCUUGUAUAGCCAGUGAGCAAGAAGGGAAUGCUGUGCUUGGCAUGGAAGAUAAAAAUGAUAGUAAUGCAGUAGGCACCAGUGCAGGAAGUAGUAAACUUAGUUUGUCAUGGAGUAGCCUACAAACAGCUCCGAGCACUGUGAUAGGAACUAGCACAGAAGAGAUCAUUGAGAGCACCAUAAUAGCCACCAGUACAGGACAAGAAAGAGCCGAGGGUGCAUCACAUUCUGAAAAGGACAGUGAUGCUACAACCACUUGCUCAGAAAAAGAAAGUGAGGUGACUGUAUUCUGCACAAGCAUAGAAGCUGAUGAAGGUUUCACAACAGGCACAUGGGUGAAAAGCAGUGGGGCUGGCAGUUGCAUCACAGGUACAGAUGUUGGUGAAUGCACUGUUGCUGCAGCUGAAGAAAGUGGUGGUGUCGUCACUGAAGGAUUAGCAGAAAGUGAAAGCUUCCUAACAAGUACAGAAAGAGAAGAAAAUGAGGACUGUACUGUGGUUAAUGCAGAAGAAAGUGGUAAGAACUCAGUCAAUGCAAGUGGAAUAGAAACUGAAGACAGUGUCAACAGUGCUGGGGCAGAAGAAAAAGAUGAUGCUGUGACUAGUGCAGGCUCUGAAGAAAAGCGAAAGACCUCAACUUGUGUAGAUACAGGCAAAUUUGAAAGUUCUGUAUCCUGCUUAGGUGAAGUGGAGAGUGAUGGAGCUGUAACUAGUGCAGGGACAGAAACAGGUGAAGGGUCAACGAGUGGUGACAGUCCAGGUGAAUUUAGGGGCAGUGUGACAGCUGGCCAGGUUAAAGAACAUGAAAGUACUGUCACUUGUACAGGUGCAGAAGAAAGAAUCCAUAACUUCAUCAUCUGCUCAGUGACUGGAACAGAUGCCCAAGGAGAAGGAACUGCAAUUGGUGCAUGUAUUGCAAUGGAAGCAAACAACAGUGCUACAACUGGAACUAGUGGUGACAAAUCUGAGGAUACUAUAAAUGGUGAAAGUGCAGUGACCAGCACAGGUAUAACCCCAGAAGAUGAUGCUGAAAUUUCGGUUGUCUGCACAGGUCUAGAAGACAGCAAUGAGGGGUUUGCAGUUUGUUUAGAAGUUGAAAAAUGUGAAAGUCUAAUGGACAGUACAAGGGCAGAAGAAGAAGCCAGUGUCACUACGGUCAGUGUAGGUCCGUAUGAUGAUGAAGGCUUUGUGACUAGCACUGGUUCAAAAGAAGAGGAUGAAGAAGGUGAGGGCAUUGUGACCAGUACAGGAAGAGGAAAUGAAGAAAAUGAGCAUGCCCCUACUUGUACAGCAGUAGAAAGUGAAAACGCUCUGAUCUGCAUAGGUGCUGAAGACAGUGAGAGUUCAAUUAUCUGCAUAGUUGCUGAACAAAUGGAAGCUGAGUCAGGAGUGGCUGGCACAAACACAAAUAAGCUCACUGUGGACAGCAUGAUGAGUGCAGAGCAAGAAGCUAAUUGUGGCACAAACCACAAAAGUGAUAAAGGGAUUGUUGAAAGCAGUGUAACCAGUGCAAGUGCUGUGGAUGAGGGUGCCUUGACUGCCCACGCAGGAAUGCAUGAGGGUACCUUGAUUGCCUUAGAUGCUGAGGAAUGUGAGGGUCCCAUGACUAGUGCUAUGGCUUUGCAAGAGAAGGGUCAGUCUGGUGCUGCAGGUGAACAUGAGAACACCAUGACUUCCUUUGACAGCAGAGAUUCUGAUGCCUCUAUAAGCAGUGCAGUUCCAAAGGAGGAUUCUUUUAUUCCUGCUGAUGGAGAAGAAAAAGUGAAAGGUGAUAUCAUCUCUACUAGUACAGCAGAAGAAAGUAGGGAAAGCUCUAUGAUUUUAAUGGAUACUGAAGACACAGAGGUGCCUAUGCCCAGUACAGCUGCAGAGUUCAAAGAGUGUGUGCAUACUUUCAGCAAUAAGCAGGAGAAAGAUGAGUGCACUAUGAUUUCCACCAGUAUUGUGGAAGAAUUUGAGGCUCCUAUGUCAAGUGCAGGUAUUGAAUAUGAUGGUCAGCUCCACUCUGUGAAAGCAGAAGAGAUAAAUGAGAAUGCUAUGGUUUCUCUAGAUGUGGAAGUGUAUGAGGUUCCCAUGCCUAGUGAAUCCAGUGCUGGAGGAGAUGAUAAUGAUGAUGAAAGUCACCCAUCUGCUAGUGGUAAGGAAGAAAAAGAUGAGUGUGCUAUGAUUUCCACAAGUGUUAUGGAAGAACAAGUAAUCUUGCUAGCAGAUGGAGUCACAGAGGAGACGAUUCAACAUAUGUCAGACACAGAGUCAAAAAAUGAAACAGUAAUGAUCUCUACAAGUACAGCAGAAUGUUUUGAAGCUGCAGUGUCUAGUGUAGCUGUGCAAGAUGAAAACAAUCUCUCUGCUUCAGAAACAGAAGGAAGAUAUGAAGCUGCUGUGAUCACUACAAGCAUGACAGAAGAAUGUGAUAUAGUUUUGAUCAGUGCAGAACCACAAGCUGGAAGUCAGCUUAUUGUAGCAGGAGAUGAAGAUGCUGUUAUCUCUCCAAAUGCAUCGGAGGAAUGUAAGAUUGUGGAGACAACUGCAACUGUAGAUGAACAGUUUGGACUAGCUGCUUUCAGUGCAGAUGCAAAAAACAAAGGUUCCAUGAUUUUUGUGGGAGAAUGUGGGGCUUCUGUGCUGAGAGUUGCCACCAACAGUGAUGAUGAACAUGCUGCUUCGAGUAUAGGAGAGAAGAAGGAGGGAGCAGUGAUCACUCUGAGUACAAUGGAAGAAUGUGAUAGUCUCUUCACCUUUACAGUCAUAGAAGAAAGUCAACUUGCUGCUGAGACUACAGAAGGAAAAGACAAAAGUGAGGAGAUGUUUGUUACUGCUAACCAGGCUGAAUGUAUCUUAUCAACUGCAGGGCCAGAAGAAAACAGUAGUUCUUUGGUUGUCACUGAUGGAGAGAGUGAGACCCAUGGCAGCAGUGUGAGGGAAGAACCAGUGGCAUCUCAGACCACAGCGAGCAGUGAAAUCACAGAAACCGAUGAAAAUUCAGUGAACCUCAUGAGCGUAGAUGAAGCCCUUUGCGUGGAGAUUAGUACAGAGACUGCUGUGAGUCCAAGUCCUUCCUCAGAGUCCACUGAGGAUGAUGAGCAAGCUGAAGUUGUUCUGCACGAAGAUAUUACAUCAGAACUCUCUUCUGUGAUUUCAGAAGCAGCAGUGGAGAGUGAAAUUCUAAGGAAUGUAAACCAUAAAUUUAACUCAGACUUGCUUUUAGAAAGUGACUUUUCUGAACAAAGGACUCCUUUGCCCAGCACACAAGCUCUUUCCUUAGUUUCUGCAAGUGAAGGGUCUGUAAAUACCAACCAUGGCAAAGUGACAACAGAGGCAGAAUUAGGGGAAAAAAGUGACUUGCCUUUGCUAUAUGGCAGCGAUGACAAAACGAACUUGGUCAAAGUAGAUGAUGAUAGUGGAAUUAAAGUUACUUUUGAAGAAAGUAACACAGCCUUGAAUUCAGGCAAUAAUGCAGCUUUACCAAAGUUGGCAGAAGAACUAGAAUCUGAAAGUAACUUGAGAACCAACAAGCCACAGCAGCCUGAAGGUCUAAGAAGUGAAGAGGGAUAUGUGGAUCUUCAUACUGAAGAGUUUGAAAAAGGUUUGCUGCAGAAGAAUGCUGCCUUAGAAAAAGAAACAUUACAUGAGGAACAUGUGGAUCCCCAGAUAACUGAAGAACGUAGAUCUAGAGCAAUACAGUGUAUAUCUUCAGGAACAGUGGAUAAAGACAAAUGCAACCAGCUGAUUGCUCAGGAUAUGAAAAAAGAUGAUGAACAAAGUCAGUGUUCCAAAACAAAACCUGAUAACAUCAAGGGUGUUAUUUCAGAUGACAAAGCAGAAGUGUCCAAAGAAAUGGAUGUAAAGCAUAUAUCUCCUAAAAGUACUCUGGAAGAAAAAGAUGAAUUUACUAUCAACCAGGACGUGUCAGAAAAGGACAGACGUGGUCUAGAAUCAAAUGAAAAUUCACCCGAGGAAAAUCAGCCUGUAAUAGUGAAACGGAAAAGGGGAAGGCCUCGUAAAUACCCUCUUGAAGCUGUACAGCCUGGUGGUGGGGAGUCAAAAGCUGAUAUCAGCACUGGGAAUCUGCAGUUUCCUGUCUUUGCAAGUAGGAAAACCCCUCAAGCAGGUACAGACGUAUCUAGUAAGAAAGAAACAACGAAUGAAGAUGAUUCUAAGAAGGCAGAAAUGAUUGUGCGUAAAAGGGGAAGGAAGCCCAGGCGUUCUCUGCUUCGAUCAGAGGAAACUGAAACACUGGAGCCAGAACGAAAACGUCAGAAAUUAAUGUCUUCUGAAGAUGAGCUUAAAGAGCAGGAGGAAGGUGAGGAAGAAGACGGUGAGGAAGAUGAUGAAGCACAUUCCGGAGCCACAACGAGGUCAGCCACAAGAUUAGAGGCUCAGAGAAAGCAGCCCAGCAAGCCAACCACACGUGCAACUUCUAAAGGCAUCAGUCCAAGCUCAAUUUCUCCCAGAAAACGACAGAGCCUAGCAGCAAAAAAAAGAUCUCCAAGUGAUACAAAACUUAAUAAAUCUCCUCCGUUGACACAGUUAAAGGUGCAGUCUAUCAAACGUAGAAGGGAAGACAGUCCAACAGUGGUACGGAGAAAAGGCCAGCAGAAGACAGAGGAGACACCAGUAAAGAAAGCAAAGCGAUAAUCUACCAGCUAGUACUGUUCAUGGAAGAGUCAAGAGAGGAAAAAACAACAACAAACAUCUGUGCUUCUAUUUUCUUUUCUUUUGUAAAGCAAAGGGAUUUGCACGUGCUUGUUUCAGAGCUCUAAGUUAAUCAAUGCAGUACUUUUAAGUUACAUUCUAAACAGCUUUAUAAACUAUUGUUUAUACAGAAUAUUAUGUACAUUUAUUUCAGAGGAAAAAAAUAAGUUUACUUUGUAUCAGAAAGAAAAAAAAACAAAACAAAAACAAAACAACAAAGUAAUUAUAUAUUUUGUCACUGACUUGGAAAGUUGGGGGUUUCCCAAUUGACAUGCUAAUGCAGAUGCUUCCAACCCAUGAGGCACCCCUUGAGCCUACUAAUACACUUUGUAUAUAAACUUGUAAAAAUAGGUUGUAUUUUACUCUGUGUAUGAAUCUAAUCAAUGAUGGACAUUUUAUUUAUUAUAUGGAAAGCAUUGGUCUGUAAACUUUAGUAUAUACCUUAGGGUUUUUUAAUUAUAUAUUUUACAUUCUAUGCAGAUGUCAGUAGGAAACUUCCCCUCUGCUCCCCCAGGGUAUCUAAAACCUGAAGUUCUCAAAAAGAUUCUCAGUUGGGUAUUUUUCGCGCAUGCAUUGAAGUAGUUUAGCAUAGUGAAAGGGACUUGGCUCCUUUCUGGUCACGUUUGUGACAAAGUAUGAAACAAACAAUAAAAAAAUUCAAAUGUAACCUUACUAAAUUGUAUUUUCACUUGGGAAUUUACUAUCAACCUGAAGGAAGAAAUAAAUAGUAUUAGGUUAGAUUUAUUCACAGUGAGCCAACACUACCCUGAACUUGAAACAGUUUUAUUUUGCAACUUUAACACCUGUUCUUUCAGUAUUUGUCUUUGUUUCCAACAGAGAGGGACCGAUCGAAAUCAAAUGGCAGUUCUAACUCUAGAGCUUCAGCAUUUUAUGUUACAUUUUAUACACAGGUAUUAGAACCUGGCAUUGUUGCCAGAAUCUUUUUUUAAUGUAUAUUAACUCUGGUAAGAGCAAAUGUUCAAGUGAAGUUGUAUAUAAAGUUAAACUUUUCUUAUGAUCAAAUGUGUCUCUUGUUAUGAUGUGAUGAGUUGCCAAAAAAUCUGAGAUUAUUUUAAGUGUUUUGUUGAUAUUCUGGUUUAUAAUUAAAAAAAAAAAAGGACUCUGGGGGUUUGGAAUUUUACCUUUUUUUGUUUGGUUUGGGGUUUUUUUUUCUCUCUGUGAGUUUGUUUUUGUUCGUUUUUGUUUUUUAACUUGUUGUAAGGCAGAUGUUUCCGUCAGAUAUUCUGCUUGGUUUCUUACUGAGAUUUUUGUAUAAAAGUUAUAAAAUGUUUGCCAAAAAAAUCUGAAUUGCCAUA